AAAGAUGAAGCCCCGACUGUUUUCAACGCUGCGCUGUUUGCAGCAUGAGAACCCCUUGGGUCUGCCGCGGACCGGGAGCAUACCGCGCAUGCAGCGCGGUCUACCUGAGCGUCGGAAGAUCAAGGACGUCAAGAAAGUGAUCGCUGUAUCCUCGGCCAAGGGCGGCGUAGGAAAAUCUACAAUUGCAGCGAACCUGGCUCUCGCAUUCGCCCGGCGCGGUCUUCGAAGCGGCAUCCUCGAUACUGACAUCUUCGGCCCCUCUAUCCCCACUCUCCUAAAUCUCUCAGAUGAGCCACGGCUAUCUUCCAACAAUCAGCUUCUUCCGCUCUCGAACUAUGGCGUGAAAUCAAUGUCCAUGGGAUAUUUGGUUGGAGAUGCUGCGCCGGUGGUAUGGCGUGGGCUUAUGGUUAUGAAGGCCUUGCAGCAACUUUUACAUGAGGUCGAUUGGGGUGGGUUGGAUAUACUCGUGCUAGAUCUACCUCCAGGAACGGGAGAUACACAAUUGACUAUCACACAGCAGAUUGUGCUUGAUGGUGCAAUUAUCGUCUCGACGCCACAGGAUAUCGCUCUCAAAGAUGCAGUCAAAGGGGUCAACAUGUUCAAAACGAUCAAGACACCGAUUUUGGGUAUGAUACAGAAUAUGUCCCUUUUUACUUGUCCGCACUGCCACAACAGCACUCACAUCUUCGGAUCCCAUUCCGGGGUAAUUCAAGCUUGUAAACAACACGAAAUCAAUUUCCUUGGUGAUAUACCAUUACAUGCUAGCAUCUGCGAUGAUGCAGAUAGGGGCAAGCCGACCGUAGUGAGUGAGCCGGAGAGUGACAGAGCAAAAGCGUUUAUGAAGAUUGCUGAAGAAGUAGGGGGGAAAAUUGGGUUGUUCUGAGAACAGGAACUUCUCGCAGGCAUAGAAGUGUAUGAAGGUACUUCAAUCACGAGGAAUGUGUACGAGUAAUAAACAAUUAGUGUAGAUAGAUAUGGGAUUGUUCGCCAAAUGAGGUUGGCGACGUUUUGGGAACUAUUUUGUGUCGCAGGCGAUCUGUGAUGAAGGCUGGCAAGCCCUUUGCAGCGUAAAAUGGAGGGAGAGACAGCAUUGACUGUCUUGACUAGGAUACUCGAUGGCUGUCGGCUGUUGCAAAAGCCAUGACAGAGGCAUUCCUACAGAACAUUAUGGUUUAGCUUUGAACUCACAUAUCAGCGGGAUGGAUUCUGGGAGCACAUUCAUUUCUCUAAUGCCGUCCAUCUCUGAUACUAGUACUAGUGGUGAAUGACGAACCCAUGUUAGCCUCC